GAAAAUAAUGACUGUUUGAAGGAAAUCAAUUUGAGAUUUUGCAGCAAGAGAUGUUUUCAUUUCAAUAUGCUGUGAACUUUAUCCAGUUGUCUUGUCGAAUUAUGUAAUAAAUAAUAAAUAACACUACAGAUCGAAAUACAUAGCGCACACGAGUUUACAUACGAACCAUUUGACAUGAAAAUGAAACUGAAAGAGCAUAGGGCGUUUCAUUUAUGAAUAUGGCUUCGAACUACCAAGAGGAUUCCGCUGAAGGCGGCGAUCAGCUUUCUGGUGAGAGUGGCUCAGAUUUCAGUGACACUGACACAGACUCUGAUGCAUCCACUGAUUCUGAUUCUGACUCUGAAGAUGCUCCACAAACCCCUAACAAGCGUAAUGUUUGCAAGUAUUACAACCGUGGUCAGUGCCGUUACGGGGAAAAGUGCAGGGACGAGCAUGUCUGCAGCAACUUUCUGAACAACUCAUGCAAAUAUGGCACUGGAUGUCGACUCAACCACAAUCGUCAGAGUCCUUCAUCAGCACAAGACAGACAAAAAAGAAGCAGACGCUCACCUGCAGAGACAGAGGAUGAAGAGUUUGAAGGGCCUUAUAGAUGGCAGCUGAAUACUGGAAAAGGCUGGAAAAACAUUUCCAACGAUCAUAUUCUAGAAGCCCAGUAUUCACUUCCUAACACCAAAGGAAUCAAGAUUUACAACACCUCUGCUGGGGCUGUUUCGAUUGACUUCAUGAAAAUGCGAGUUCUUAAGAAAACAAACAUUAAAGUCCGGCGUAUGAGCUCAAAAGACACAGAAUGGCUGUGGUAUUACAGAGGAAACCACUGUUGGUAUCGUUAUGGCGACAAGGGCAAAUCCAGCCCGAUUCAGAGCUCAAAACUGGAAACGGAGUUUCAGAAAAACCGCAAUGGUUCAGUUAAAUUGACCAUUGACUCUACACAGUAUGAGAUAUGCUUUAAAGGAAUGCGUCAGAGAAAUGUAUCUACAGGCCAUAAAAGGACAAUCAGACGCCGCCCUAAAUACGAGCCCCCCAACGACGGAGGAUUACAUGCUUUAAGCUCCAGAAUAAAAAACAUGAUGAGUCCUUCAACAAAUAAAACUCCAGAGUGGCAGUUUCAUGGGAGAGAUCAUUGGCAUACCUUCAAGAACACGGGUGGUUGUUCAGUCUCAAGUGCUGAUAUUGAGAGAUGUUUCCAAAAGAACCAAACUACAAUGAACUUUACUGUGAAUGAAGACAACUACACUCUGGAUUUUGGAAGGAUGCGUCAAAUAAACCAGAGAACAAAGGCUGAACGGAAAGUCAGACGCGUGUAAUGUGGAGCAGAGGCAAAAAUCAGGAUCCAAAUUCACAAAUGAACACAAACUUUAUAUAUUGAUUUUGAAUUUAAAUGUUAGUGAUUAUGAUUUUGAAUGUUAUAUCUGCAAUCUUGUUUGGUAAACUGCCUGUGAGAAACAGAAAACCAAUGUCUUAAUUCAUGUUUAAUUAGUUUUGAUAAAUGUUAUGAAUAUUUCUGAAAUGCUGCUUGCCAUAUCAACUUGAAGAAAAGUAUGAAACGUUUCUAAAUGACGUAUAACUUUGCUUUCUGUUUAACUUAAAGAAAAUAAUUUUUUGGCAGUGCUAUUAUUUUUAUUAUUACCUUGUGUCAUAUCAAUAUAUUCAUGGUGGUGAAUAUUUUUGCUAUUAUUUACAGAAAGUACAAAUUAGCUUGAGACAAUUUUUUUCUAGUCUGUUUUACUUUAAUGUAUAGGCAGAUUUGUUACAAGCAUCAGGGUUACACGCAAAAAAGUUGUGUAAAUAUCGACUUGAGCAUGCAAUAUCAUCUGCAAUAGCAUUCACUGCAGCAUAUUUUACAUUACAGUCUGUAAACCUUACAAUAAAUUAGCAUUACAUGCAAUGACUAAGACAAUGUUGAAGGUGAACCUGUUUUUCACACAGGUUUUUUCUUAUAAACUGAACUGUUUAAUUAGGGCUAAUAAAAGCUAUGCAAGAGUUUGCGUUUAUGGAUGUGGUUUUGUGUUCUACUUAAAUAAAUUGAUGAUAAAUGAGUCCUUAUUUAACAAACAAACACAUUAUGUACUAAUGCUUUUUUUUUUACGUUCUUGAAUGUAUUCUGAUCACCUUGUCAUCUUAAUUGCAUUAUAUUUACUAUGUUUGAAAAUAAAAAAUGCAGACUC